CUCUCUCUUUGUAGUUUCGGUGUGUGGGUUUGAGUUUGAGCGCUGUUUCUGUGAUCAGAUCAGAUCAGUGUUCAGCUGUUAUGAGCAAGACAGCUCAUGUAUGAUGCGGUAAACUUUGGUGAAACUUUAGUGAAACUUUCCGGCUGAUUUAUCCACACAGCAGAAUAAUGGAGCCGAUAACACACUGGACACCGACUCAGGUUGUAAACUGGAUCAGAGGUCUGGAUGACAGUCUCCACCAGUACAUUUCAAACUUUGAGAGGGAGAAGAUCGAUGGAGAGCAGCUUAUAAAGAUCUCACAUCAGGAUCUAGAGAAGCUGACGAUGACCCGUGUCGGCCAUCAGGAGCUCAUUCUGGAGGCAGUGGAUCUCCUGUGUGCAUUGAACUGUGGCGUUGAGACCGAUAACCUGAAGAGUCUAGUAGGUAAGAUGCGGGCAACGUCCAAUAACUUGCACAACUGUGCGUCAGAGCGCCGGAGAAACCCUUCUUACGAUGGAGGAAGCCCAAGCAAACCACCCAACAAGUUCCUCACUGCUGUAGUGGAGCUGAUAGGAGCUGCCAAGGCUAUGCUGGCCUGGCUUGACAGGACUCCUCUGACAGGCAUCAGUGAUUUUGCCUCGACCAAAAACAAAAUCAUUCAGCUCUGUCUGGAACUGACCACAACUGUUCAGAAGGACUGCACAGUGUUUGAAAUGGAGGAGAAGAUAUUAGAAGUGUCACGGGUUUUGACUGGCAUUUGUGAUGCGACCAUGAGGACGACCUCCGACCCCUUAAAGAGUCACAUGACCUGUUUGGAAGAAGUCAACAUCACCAACAUCCAACCGGGCGAGGGUCUGGGAAUGUAUAUUAAGUCCACGUACGACGGACUUCACGUCAUCACCGGAACGACAGAACACUCCCCGGCGGACCGAACUCAGCGGAUUCAUGCUGGGGAUGAGGUGAUCCAAGUCAACAGUCAAACAGUGGUGGGCUGGCAGUUAAAGAAUCUGGUGACAAAACUCAGGGAAGAUCCUCAAAAUGUGACACUGACGCUGAAGAAAAGACCUACGGGUACCUGCAGCUUUACUCCGGCACCGCUGAAGAACAUGCGCUGGAGACCUCCUGUCACCCAGAGCCCAUCGCACGCGCCUGUUGGACAGCCUUCUAGAAAUCCUGAGGAAAUUCCCAACAAGCGGCUGGAAAAAUCUGCAAUUUUAGAUCUGCAUAUUCCUCCUCCCCCUUCCAUUCCAUACAGUCCACGGGAUGAAGAGACGAGUGAAUAUGCCGUUGUAAAGAUGAGACCAAAACGUCCCGAGUCACCGAACUCGUCCUUGGACCUGGCUAGCAGACGGCGUUCAAACAUUGCGGACUGCGACAGCAAAUUCAACAUCAGCCCACCCGAGAUUGUCAUCCCACAGGCGCGACUGCGACAGCGCAACCCAUCCAGAGGAAAGCCACGUCCCAUGUCCAUGCCGGUAGACACUUGCCUGGGCACGUCAGACUCCCCAUCUAGACCCUGGGCUCUUGGAAGGAAAGGUGACGAGUUAUUGCACAAGUAUCUGAGUAACGAACAGAUCCCCACCAUCUCAGAAGAGUCACCCUGUUACCCACUGCCAUACCGGCCCAGGGGGGAACGGCAACUUGUCCGAGGGAUAGAUCACAUCCGAGGCAGCCAGUGUUUUAUCAACGAAGACCUGCACACCAGCGCCACCAUACCCUAUCAAGAAGCUAUUGCACGGAAGUCCUCUGCACCUAAAUCUACCAAGAGACCACCAUCAGAGCCCUCGCUCCUCACCAGCUGGAUCUCCCGACUCAAGCUGCUCAAACAAGGAGCUUCACAAACACACCAAGCCAUCUCCCAAAACUUUGUGAUGCCUGCCCGAGGGAUUUUCAGAAGCAUAAGAUACCUGCAGGUUUUCACGUGCUGGCUACAGACUGUGUUGUUCUCUCUGAAGAAAGCAGAAGUUAUCAGUCAAAUGCAGUCAUAUCCACUCCAAGAUUUUGCUUCCGAGAGGUCUCAAGGCAAUGGUGUGAUGAGUCGCAGGAAGGUCUCGGUGAAGGACCUGGGAUUGGGGGACUGUGAGGGGUGGUUAUACAAAAGAAAAGAAAGCAAGGGGUUCCUGGGCUGGAGAUGGAAGAAGUUCUGGUUUGUGCUUAAGAAAUGCUCGCUGUACUGGUACACAUCCGAGAUGGCAGAGAAAGCCGAAGGCUACAUCAAUCUGAGAGACUUCACUAUUGAGCAGGCUGCUGAAUGCAAGAAGAAAUUUGCGCUGAAAGCGAGUCACGUUCAGAUGGUGACGCUGUACUUCGCUGCUGAGAAUAUAAAAGACAUGAACAAAUGGCUGACUAAACUCAACCAGGCUUCAAAGGAACACUCGCCCACAGACUUAACCAGUGGAGAGUGUUAUAGUGAGGAAAGCGAUGAUGAUGAUGAUGCAGACACAGCCGAGAUGUGUGCCGAAGACAUGGACCAGAUGACCCUGAGUUCUCAUGGUUGUCUCCCUCCACCACGCUCCUCUUCAUCCCCCUGUCAGGAAACUGUCCCGCUGUCUUUGGACUUUAACCACACUGAGUCUCCGAGCGCAGACAGCGAGUCGUGGCAGGAGAUCAGCUCAGAAGAAAACCCCAUUGUCAGAAUACAAGAAUGCAAGGGAAAUGACGGUCCACCAUCUGAUGAGAUGGAGAUGAUGUAUCUUCAUCUGAAGCAGGCGAGUCUGUCCCCAACAGGAGCCCUGCAGCCGAUCACCAAACGUGACUUUAGAUCGUCCUUCAUCAAGCGCUGCAAAGACGAAAGCGUUAAUGACAAACUGCACCUGAUCCGAACUUUAAACAGCACGUUAAAGGCUAAAGAGGCUGAUCUGCAGGUCAUCGAGCAGAUUUUAAGUGAACCUAUGAACGUUUCUAAGUACAGACAGUGGAGAGAUGCUAACGUUCUGCUGCUGCAGGAGAUCUGUGAGAAACAGCCAGAGGUUCAGACUGAACCUCAAUGUGAGCUGUCCGGCCCGUACGCUGCCGUCCCUGGCAUCUGUGUGUACAGAGAGACCAGCCUGUGAAGAUGAAGGACUAUAGAUCAGAUUAAACAAAAGCUCGUGGGUUACUACAGACCUGUGGUCAUCUUCAAACACAGACAGGAACUCCACAGCUUCUCCAUUACUGUAUGUAGAUAUUUAUACUGUAUAUAUGGUGUAAUAGUGUGUGUAGAAAUGUUUGUCCACUUUAUUUAGACUUUUUAGAUGUGAAUUAUGCUUUCCUGUGAAUUUGUAAAAAUGCUGUAAUGCUGUUAAAUUAUGGGUUUUGUAUAGAUCUUAGGAAAAAAGCCCUUAGUUUGGUCUAUGUGUUGAUCACUAAUGGAUUGAAACACAAUGCAUUUUAUAUACAGUAGUUUGACUUGGUGGUAUAAACUUUUCACUAGACUCGAUAAUCUAGCAGUCUUUUGUUUACAUACAGUAGUUUUAAACAUGGCAGUCUCUUUUAGAUGUAAAUAUUUUAGUAUUUUAUUAUUGUAGUAUUGUACAUUCAUGUAUAAAUGUCUGUAAAUUAACUUUGUAGAUGUUUAUGUGGUGAUUUUAGAUGAAAGCUGAAGGUAUUCAAAAAGAAAUAAAAAUGGCUGCCUAAUAAAUAUUAUCUUUAAAAUGAUAUCAAAUUUGAUUAUGUUUGUGUAUUUGAGUGCUCAUGAAGUGCUCUUAAAUCACGAUUUUAAAAUGUGUACACUUUUUGGUGUCUUAAUGUUUUUGGAGAUAUCUUUGUGUCUCUGCCAAGGCACUUACGUGAACUUAAGAGGAACGCAGGGGCCCUGUGAAAGAAUUUGAAGAACUCAUGUUGCACCAAACAUACAAGGCAACCUUGCUAUUCAAAAUCUUUGUUUGCAAUUUAAAAAUGUAUGAGUAUUUAGUCAGAGACCUAUCAUGGCUGUAGCUAUAAGAUGACUUAUUGUGCAAAUUUAAAUUUAAUAGAAAAAUACACUACAGUAAAAAAAAAUGUAUGAACCUUAGUCUUAAGGCUGCGUAAGACAAGAACCAAACAGUGAAUGGGAGGGGGGGUAAUUUUGCCCAAAAUGCAGAAACAAGACAAAACUUUACCAAAUCUUGAACGAUUUCCAAAUAAACUUUUUUUUUCUGGGGUGGGGGCCCCAAAAGUGUGUGGACCCCUAGAAUCGUCCUAACUACCCCCCUGUGGCGCCCCUGCAUUUACAUACAUUUAUGCAUUUUGCAGAUGCUUUUAUACCCUCAGUAUGUGCAUUCAUUCCCUGGGAUUGAACCCACAACCUUGCACUGCUAACACAAUGCUGAGCUUCAGUGGUUUGUAGUGAUGCACCGAUGUAUCGGCCACCGAUAUUUAUCUGCCAAUUUUUGAUGAAUUUGAAACCAUCGGCAUAUCGGCAAUAGCACGAGAAAGGCCGAUACCGAUUGUUUAUUAAUUAACUGCAUAAA